UGCAGCCAGCGGGGGGCUGGGGGUGGGUGCUCUGCUUUCUUCGUGCCGUGCCCAGCACUGUGAAGGUUCACGAUGUCUGACAGAAAGGCUGUGAUCAAGAAUGCGGACAUGUCCGAGGACAUGCAGCAGGAUGCUGUAGACUGUGCCACGCAGGCCAUGGAGAAGUACAACAUAGAGAAAGACAUAGCAGCAUAUAUAAAGAAGGAAUUUGACAAGAAAUACAACCCAACUUGGCACUGCAUUGUUGGCAGAAACUUUGGCAGCUAUGUAACACACGAGACAAAGCACUUCAUCUAUUUUUACUUGGGUCAGGUUGCAAUCCUUCUCUUCAAGUCUGGAUAGGAAGCAGGAGCAAGCAAAGUUUGGACUGUAAUGCACUGAUGGCUGAAGCCAAGAUUCCCUUUAACAUGGCUGUGCCGCUGCAUGGACUGUAUACUCUAUUUAAUGUGUAUAUGUUGCAGUAAAAAUCUACUUCUGUUUAGUUGCCUGGGAAGAAGGCGGCGUUUUUUCUUUUUUUCUUUUUCUUUUUUGGGGUUGUUUUUUGGUUUUGGGGGGGGGGGUUUUGGUUGUAUUGCACUAGGAAAACUGUAAAUGCUUAAACAAUGGCCUUUAAGUGGGAAGAAAUAAAACUAUUCCACAACAGCUCCCUCAGUGGUAACUUCUUCUUUGGUAAGACUGGGGAACUUCUUUUAUAUUUGGCAGACCAAAAAGCCCCUGUUGUGAGUUCAAGCAGCCUAACACAAAGGAGGAACACAAGUGCUCCUUUCCAGUGAUAGUCUGGAGGGUAGGUGUGGAGGCUGUAAGAAGCUGGCUUUCUUUAAAGGCUCAGUGGUGAAAGGGGAAGAAGGUAGUGCGGUGGCUCUUGUUCAGUAAGGCUCUAAUCCAAACAAUUGCCACAUCAGGACUGUGUGUUUUUAGUACUGAAAGCCAGUCCUUGAUGUUCUCUGCAAAAAAGAAUGUCCACAGCCACAAUCUUGGAUUGGGCCUAAAACAGAUCUGAGAUCCCCACCUUUGUAUUAAGUAGUUACCUUUUGUGGGAGGAUGUCCUCUGGCCUCAGCUUUGUGUUAGUAAUCCUGAUCUCUUAGUGGGUGCGACCUAACGCUGGCCAGCUGAUCUAUCCCGAAAUUGAUGAUGGCUGACAGCAGGCAACCUGAACAGUUUGAUUUGGCGUGUCCUUAUCAAGUUGUCUCAACACUGCCUUAACUCAAAUCUCUCCUAAAUCCUCUCUCCUAAAGGGAAGGAGUCCCCGUAAUCCUAUGGAAGACCUGUAGAUAGCCACUGUCUUUCCAUGGUAGCUGUUGGAGACGGUGCUCUGUGAAUAGCUCUUCUGUUCUGAUUUGCAUCUUCUUGAGCACAGUAGCGAGUUCAGAUUACGUGCGCUGCUGUGCAAAAGAAAUAACAUCUGCUUUAAAGGCAGGAAAAUGUUUUGGUCUCCAGUGGUCUCAGCGGUGUUGUCUUAGUGUGUAGUGACUCUUCCAUCGCAGGAAGCCCCUCUCUUUUUGGGUUGUCACAAAAGGUUAAAAAAACAAAAUACUGUGGCUUCAGCAGACUUUCUGGUGCUUGCAGCAAGAUCCUAUUUAUUGGUUGCUAAUGUAAGCGAAACUCCAGACUGGAGCAAACUCAGUUUUAGGGCUAGCGAUUCCUAACUAGUUCAAGAUGAACUUGGCUCGUGGAAAGUAACAUGCCAUGCUUUUGUUUUAGUGCUUUUCUUGGGGGAGGGGAAGAGGGUAGCUGUUUUAAUUGUGAAAUGACUCGAUGACCCAGGCUGACUGCUUCCCGAAGUAAAAGUCCUUCUCGUCUCUGUAGACUGUGCAAAAUCCAAAGUAUGCCUAAUUUUGUAAUAUUGAUAGAAUCAUGUUGUAACUAGAAAGAAUGUAGUUGUCAACUUAUUUCAUGUUGAUGGAAAUCUCCCGGUCUGGGGGGGCAAUGUGCCUUGGAGUAACUGGGGCACUCCAGUGGUCUUGUCUAUUCAACUCCACUCUUCAUAGAAAAAGGAAAAGGUUUUGGUUCUUUCUAUUAUUAUUAUUUUUUUUCCAAGCAUGAGUCUAAUGUGAUGAGCCUGUUCACGGUCUCUUGUGGAGCAAGAUGUUCCCUUCAUAACUGCAAUUGCUCAAAGUACCAUUUUUUUUUUUUAAUUUUAUUUUUUUUUAUUUUUCCAAACAUUAAAGGUGAAUUGACACA